AUGGAAUCCACCCGCGAGGUCCAGUUCCUCGCCCUCACUACGAAGCUCGCUACAGCAGCUCUGUUGCUUGGAUCCGCAGCAGCAGCACACCUCGCUCCACGUCAAGCUACCAGCAACGCCCCAGCAUGUCCGAAUCUAUCCAUCAGCGGUAGCGGCGGACGCAAAAUUGCCAUCGUCGUCGACACCUCCGGCUCCAACAGUUGGACUGAUCCAUCGAACCUCCGCGUUGUCGCAGCUAGAACCCUGAACGAUGCCCUCGUCAGCAAUGCUGAAGCCGCAGCUAGCGGCACGCAGGCGGACCAAGUUACAGUGGUUGACUUCGAUGGUUCCGCCGCAGUGAUCUACGAGCUUGGCGACCCUGCAGGGGCCAUCCCCUUCGAUCUUUUGGACUCCUCUGGUUCAACAUACAUUGCCUCCGGCGUCGAGGCGGCCAUUACUGAACUUACCAAGGGCCCGGAUCCCACAGCUGACCGCACGGGCAUUGUGGUUCUGACGGACGGUUCGGAUAGCUACACUGAGCAAUUGAUCAGCGCGAUAGAUAACGCGACUGCUAACGGAAUCCGCAUCUCUUUCGGCUUCCUUCCCGAACGCUCCAGUGCAGCUACAGACCCAGACGUCCAGGCGGCUAUACUCAGGACGGGUGGCCAGUAUGCCAUCUUCAGCUCCGCGGAGUCGCAGCAGAGUUUUGUCAAUCUUGUGCUUGCCAAUGGCUUGACCAAUGACUUGACUGCCUCUAACACAUCGUCAACGCUUGUCUCCGGCCUUUCCAUCACUGCGUUCGUAGCAGCCAGCGGCUCGAAUAAGUUCACGUACAAUGCUCAAGCUGGCGAAACACUGAACUACAACCUCACAAGCAUCACCGCUGGCACUUUAGACGCUACUCUCACGGACGCGAGCGGUGCUGAGCUCAAAACGGCGUCCACUGACACCAACACAACCUUUACCGUUGACGUUGCUAAUGCGGGCGAGCUGGUACUCAGCGUGACUGCCAGCAACACCUCCAGCGCCGCACUCCUUCAAGUCGGCGUCAGCUCGUCACUGGGCAUCUCCAAUUGUAUCCUCACUCCGGAUAAUACGACUGUUCCGGGCAAUACUACUGUGCCGGGCAACCGGACCAAUACUACGGUACCGUCUUCGACUGUGUCACGUCCGGCUCAGUAUACUGGUGCUGCUGUAGCUGUGACCGGUUCGCAGGGGUUUGCUACCACGGCUUUUGCGGUGGUGUCUUUUGCGUUUGUUGCUUUCCUCGUUUGA